UGCCGGUGUGCCUUUAUUGGACUCCAGUGGGCAAAGAGUGAGUUUUACUCUAACACCAUUGACCAUUCCUAACAAUUAUAAUGCCCACUCUACCAGUGGAGCACUAUCAUAAGAAGCAGAGUCUCUACAUUGACGAGGAAUGCAGGGAGAAUGAAAUCAGAAUUACGUCAUCAGGAAAACCUAACGACAUUGCUACUAAACUCCUGCACACUUUGAAGGCAAGCUAGCCAGAAGUAAUGAUACAGAGCUUCUAAGGGUAAUCCCCCUUAAUAACAAGUUUUUAGAUUGCACUUCCCUCUCUCCCCUGUGCAAAUGACACUAAGGUGACCUGGCAGUCAUAUUACACUAUAAUGCAUGGCUGACAGAUCUAUCACGCGGCACCUCUCUAUUAUGCAAUGAGGCUGACUCCUCCUAUGUAGUCAAAACUGCUCUCCAGGCACCAUCUGGAGCAAGGUGAGUCAUCACAGGCCCAACACCACUGCCCUUGUUUGGAACCACAGUCACUGCCACUCAGCAGCCACUGCCAGAUUUCAGUUGGGACAUACUGCUUUGCUUGCUUAUGAGCUACCAAGCAUAGAAUGCUGCUUUCUUUAUGAUGACACUGCAUAGUGUGCCCUCUACUUCCUAGCUAGCCUUGAUCAAAGGAGCAUUAUUAACCCCUUUUAAGGAGAUGGAAGGUUGAACUGCGUAGCUAUUAAACCCAUCAGGAUCAUGUUCAACACUUCAGGAGUUUUAAUGGUUUAACCCCUCAGGAUCAUUAAAGGUUUAACCUCUCAGGAAAACCCAGAGAGGGGUGUAGUGGUGUCUGCGUCAGGGACCCAUGUCACCAAGGCCAUCACAGUCGCAGAGAUACUAAAGAAACGACAACCUGUGAGCCAAUAGCAAUACCCGCGGAUAUAGAGAACAAAGUGAAAGUGUUUUUCUACUGCCAGGACUUGAAACAACACACAGAAAUCAAAUAUGUCAGGGUGGAAGAUGUCUGGGACCCAGAUCAACCUGAACUAGAUCAGCUGAAGGUUACGAGGAAGAUUCCAGCAAUAUCUAUCACUCUGGUUCAGACCAGUGGAGAGACAGGGCGUGGGGUGGUGCCAGGAGAAAAAGAACGAAAAUAGUUACACACUGAUUUUGUGGAUUUUGUGUCACACACGUUGUGCGCAUACAUUGUUCGUUCACACUGCCGAAUAUUACGCGUUCUCUAAUAAAGCGAAUCCGGUAUAGUGAUCUCCGCGGCGAAGAAAUAUUGAACCGCGUUUCAAUGUUCUCGCGGCCUUUGCAGAGUCUACUUCGGCAAUACUCCAGACUACUCUCUCCUCCAGCGGUCUCUCCCAGUCCCCCGGCUCUCUCCCUCCCCCGUCUCCACCGAGCUCUAAUGGCUACGCAAGUAGAGAAAGAGGUGCAGCUGGGACCGCUCAGAGUCGCCGUCAAAGAACAAGUCAGCUACCACGUGGUCCCCAGCGGCUACCCUAUAUUCUACCCCACACUAGGGUGACCUGAUACGAGCCAUGAAGGCGGAGGGAAGGCCGAACUUAGAGGUGCAGGCCGCUGUGUCGGAGCUGAGGAAGAGAAAGACGGCUCUGGAGAAGAAGGAGAAGGAUUUGAUCCCACAGGAGGCCAAGAUCGACCGCGGCAAGUUGGAAGACACGCUGAAGAGGAGAUACUUUUAUGCUCCAGCUUUCUCUAUCUACGGAGGUGUGGCUGGAUUGUAUGACUAUGGACCUAUGGGUUGCGCAAUGAAGAGUAAUCUUCUAUCGCUAUGGAGACAGCAUUUUGUUCUGGAGGAGGGAAUGCUGGAGAUCGACAGCUGCAUUCUCACUCCUGAGCCAGUCCUCAAGGCUUCGGGUCACACGGAUCGCUUCUCAGACUUCAUGGUGAAGGAUGAGGCAACGGGGGAGUGUUUCCGUGCCGACCACCUCCUGGAGGAUGUGAUGGAGAGUCUCGUGUCAGAUCCGAAAUGUCCUCCUGAGAAGAAGGAAGAGUACCAACUCAUCAGGGCUAAGGCAGACAGCUACAGCCAGGAGGAACUGGCAGGCUUGUUCACGAGGUUCUCUAUCAAGUCUCCUGUCACUGGCAACUCUCUCUCUCCUCCCAUGGACUUCAACCUCAUGUUCAAGACCUCCAUCGGGCCGGGCGGAGCCCUCACAGGGUUUCUGAGGCCGGAGACGGCUCAGGGAAUAUUUGUCAAUUUCAAACGACUUUUGGAGUUCAACAACGGGAAACUGCCGUUUGCAGCUGCUCAGAUAGGGAAGGCGUUUCGGAAUGAGAUAUCGCCGCGAUCUGGACUGCUGCGAGUGAGGGAGUUUGAAAUGGCCGAAAUCGAGCAUUUUGUCCACCCGGAGAAGAGAAACAAGUUUGAGAAAUUCUCCAAUGUUGCCGACCUCAGCAUUUCUCUUUUCUCUGCCUGCAAUCAAAUGGAUGGGAAAUCAGCCGAAAGUCUGACCCUGGGAGAUGCCGUCAGGAGUGGGUUGGUGGCAAACGAGACUCUCGGCUACUUCGUAGGUCGUAUACACCUGUUCCUGACUAGAAUCGGAGUUGACCCAGGGAAGCUGCGGUUUCGUCAGCACAUGAGCAACGAGAUGGCCCACUAUGCCAGCGACUGCUGGGACGCCGAAUGCCUUACCUCUUACGGGUGGGUGGAGUGUGUUGGGUGUGCAGACCGGUCCUGCUACGACCUGACGUGCCACGUCACUGCUGCUAAAGUCGACAUGUCCGCCAAAGAACAGCUCUCGGAGCCCCUGACGGUAGACGUCGUCGAGGUCGCCCCCGAGAAAGGGGUUAUCGGGAAACAGUUCAGAAAAGAAGCCAAAGUCAUAAUGGACGCCCUCGCUGCACUCUCCAGUAGCCAAGCCGAAGCUGCAGAGAAAGAGGCAACCGAGAAGGGGAGCUAUGAGCUGGAGGUGGGAGAUAAGAAGUACACCCUACAACGCAACAUGUUCAAAAUCAAGCGGUACCAAAAGACUGUUCACGUUGUCGAUGUCAUUCCGUCUGUGAUAGAGCCGUCGUUUGGGGUCGGGCGUAUCUUGUACACCGUUCUAGAGCAUUCCUUCGGAGUGAGAGAGGGAGAUGAGCAGAGGGCGUGGCUGGCCCUGCCCCCCUGUGUGGCACCGGUGUCUUGCUCCGUCCUUCCUCUCAGUAGCAACGAACAGUUCUCUCCUUUCGUACAGCAAAUUGCCAGCAGUCUCAAGUCUCGCGGCAUCUCCCACAAAAUAGACGACAGCGGAGGCUCCAUCGGGCGGCGAUAUGCCCGAACAGAUGAGAUCGGGAUACCUUUCGGAGUGACGGUGGAUUUCGACUCUCUCCAGAGCAAGACGGCCACUCUGAGAGAGAGGGACAGCAUGAGGCAAAUCAGAGCUUCUCUGGAGGAGCUGCCGGGCAUUGUGUCGUCUCUGAUCAGUGGACAGCUGUCGUGGGCUGAGGUGGAGGGAAAAUGGCCGACUUUCACAGGGCCAGAGAGCACCCAAUAACAAACCACACCCCCAUCAUCUCCAGCAAACCAAUCAAACUUCUCAAAAAAAUCUCAAAAUCUAUCUCAGACUAUGUGAAUUAAUUGACGUCAUAUUUUGUGUAAUAAAGACUUUGAAAUCAGAUCACAUGAUACAAAAAAGGAGAGUUUUGAUGUUUUGAACGUUGCUUCGCUCAGUUCACACAUACAUGUACAUAUAUACACUACACAAACACACAGAAUGGGGUGAUGAUGUCAUUGUGAUGUCAUCAUUCACGGAGUUCCCUCAGCUCCGGGAGGAGGGUGGAGAACGUGGGACGGAGGUUAGGGUCGCUAUGCCAACACGACUUGGCAAUCUUCUGAUAGGCCUGAUCGUGGUGAGGGGAAAACUCAGGUCUCUGUCCGAGGAGCAGUCUCACCACCAGGAGCACAGGUGACAGCUGCUUCUUGUCCUCCUCAAAAGGAGCCUUCCCCAUGGCAACCUCCCAC